CAGUAUUCUGUUUUGAUGCCGAAAAAAUCAAAACAACUUAUGCACACAAACAAUUUCAAUGCCAUUUAGAUGACGUUGUUUUGACCGUGGAAACGAGAUCCCUUAAGUGUGUGUACAUAAAUAUGGCGAGAAUAUAUGAAGAUAAUCGAUCGAGUUAACUCAAAAACAAACUGCAGGAUCAGGAUUGAGAAUAAUCCACGUCAUUAUUUAGUGCUGCAAUAACAAAUACGACCUUGACUAUCUUUACUACGGCUGCAUUCUGUUUAGAUCGUCGUCAAGCGCCACUUGCUCGGUCUACACACGUCAAGAAUGGCUGAUAUGCUGAACAUUUCGCUGGUAAACGAAUUGAAUUAUGAAGAUUUCAUCAGUCGAUUCGGUAAUGUAGUUGAACAUUGUUCAAUUUGCGCGGCGGCAAUUUGGCGUAAUCGCCCAUUUCGUGACGUUCAUCAUCUCCACCAAGAAAUUUGCUCGUUUUUGGACCUCCUUCCGGACACAGGUAAAGAGGGGGUGCUAAGACUUCACCCUGAUUUGGCUGGCAGGCUAGCUGAACUUGGCAGCCUAACACAGGAGAGUACUGCUGAACAGAAAGCUGCUGGUUUAGACACAAUGACACCUGGUGAAAAACAACUGCUAGGAGAGACCAACAUCAAAUACAGAGAAAAGUUUGGAUUUCCUUUUGUUAUCUGUGCCAGGCAGAACAAGAAGGAAGCAAUCUUGAAAGGAAUAGUUGAGAGAUUGGAACACUCAGCUGCUGAAGAACUAAACAUUGGGAUUGAAGAAGUGAAGAAAAUCUGCCUUUUGAGGUUGUUGAGUAUAGUAACUGAUGACAAAUCUCGUAAUAUGUAGAGAUUUUCCACUCGCUCCCAUCAGUUGAGGUCAACAGCAGCUAUUCCAUUCUAAACAUUCUCACUCAAAACAAGUCUUCCAAAACAUAUGUGUUGUUAACAUUUUGUCUGGUAGUUUGCAAAAACUCAACACAAAAUACAGCAAUUUACAAAAA